GGCGGCGGCGCGGGCGGCGCGGGCGGCGCGGAAGCUGGCGGCCAGGGCACGAUGCUCCCCCGGGGGCUGAAGAGGAAGUGCUCGGAGGACGAGGCGCCCGCCGGCCCCCUGCAGCGCCAGUCGCUCCUGGACAUGUCGCUGGCCAAGCUGCAGCUGUGCCACAUGCUGGCGGAGCCCAACCUGUGCCGCUCGGUCCUCAUCGCCAACACGGUCCGGCAGAUCCAGGAGGAGAUGACCCAGGACGGGAGCUGGAGCCUGCCCGGGCCCCAGACCGCGGGCCGGUCGCCGCGUGACCGCCUGGUGUCCACGGAGGUUCUGUGCUGCUCGGCUUGGGCCGGGCCGGCCCCAGCCCCUGACCCAGCAGACCUGGCCUCUGCACUGCAGGCGGUACCGGCAACACAGGUUCCUGGGGCCAUGCCGGGAGGCCCCUGGGACAGGGCCGUCCCCGGAGAGAGCCAAGGGGGCUUCCCCAGGUCGCUAGAUCAGGUGUUUGGAACACUGGAGAGCCAGGGCCCCGGCACGGUGGAGGAGCUGCUUUCCGAUGUGGGCGGCUCCUACUGUGACCUGGAUGCCGUGCUGAUGGGCGUGGUGGGCGGCGCCAAGUCAGGCCCGGAGGGGCUGGAGACCUUUGCCUCCGUGGCCGCCCCGCCCCGCGGUACCGGCUGCAAGGCGGACCUGGGCGAGCUGGACCACGUGGUGGAGAUUCUGGUGGAGACCUGAGCCGCAGCAUCGCGGUGCGUCUGUGAGGCUCACGGAAACAGCCGGCGUGCGAGGCUGUGGGUGCCGGGGGCCAGCUCUCUAUGAUCGGGAGAGCCCCCGGAGCAGUGUCCAGCGGCCCCACCCUCCCGGGGCUGGCGGCUUUCCCGUGGGCCUGUCGAGCCGCCCUCGGCCCUGACUCCUGUCCUGCGACAGCCCCACCGGAGGAUGCCAGCCACAUCCAGCCUCGUCCAACUUUAGAUGGGUGAAUUUUCUAAAAUUAACUUUUAUAUGUUUGAGGCAAUAUUUUGUCUCAAGGUACAUUUUUUAACUUUUUAUACUUGGAUCACUUUAGAUUUUUUUAGCUAUUUUCUUAAAAGUAUAUUUUUUCUAUAAGCAUGGCCUGCUGCUACAUGAGAAACUUCUACAGCCUAAGCAGUUGCAGUUGGUGUAUUUCAUUUUUUUAAGGUGUAAGGAACACUGCUCUUUUCACAGCGAGCAUCACUGCCCUGAGUCUGCAGCGUCCUCGCACCGGGAUUUCCACUCUGGACUCGGGUGUGAGCCUUGCCCGUAGGCUCUGCUGCGGUCCGAGCGCGGUCAGGGUCAGAGGCCUUGCACAUGAUACCUUUACCAGAUCUGCUGUGUGGCCACGUGCCUGUGGGACUGCAGCGUGGGUUCUGAAGGGUUUUCUUUAUGCCUGUUGAUGUCUAAGUGUCUUCAGGGCUGAAGGUCGGGUGCGCUCUGCCUGGAGACCACUCGUACUGAGGUCUCGGGUGGUGCCUCCCAGGGUCUGCGUCUAGGGACCCUUCCUGCACAGGUUUCCCAGCACAGCCAAGCUUCCUCCUAUAGUUGCCGCCCUCCAACACCCGCACCUGGCCAGCUGCUGGGCCCCCACACACUCGGCCCGCGUUCGCGGAGGCUGCUAUGCGCCGCCGUGUUUGGGGAGGGCGUCUGUGCGCCCCUGGGUUGGAGGGUGUCCGCGUGCGCUCCCAUGAAGCCAGUGCUGGGACGGAAUCUUGAGCUUGAGCUUCAGUCUGGGACUGAAGGAGCUCCUCCCUCUCGAGGGCUGUUGACGGUGGGCUGGGCUGUGCGUCCUGUGCCCGGGGCACCCAGACCGCCCGCAGCGCUCAGGUCUUCAUCACUUGUUCACAACUAAGCCUACUCACUGCCCACCUCACCCCUGGUUUCCCACUUCUGGUGCUGUUUCUUCCUUCCCCAGCCCUUGGCCAAGAAGGGUUGUUUUCUUAGUAUCAGCGGUUGCACCUCAUUUUAUUAAAAAGUUACCUAAUGGA